AUGGAACUAGAAAAAAAUUCUGUAUUUUAUUUUCCAACAUAUAACCAAGAUACAAAACAAUUUGAAUGUAAAGAUUAUUCAGAAAUUCAAACUAAAACUUCUCAUACUACCAUCAUUGAUCAAAUUUCGGAGUUUGGUGCUCUUGCAGGAUUAUUUUUUAACGUGGCCGUUUAUGGUGUAACUUCUAAACUCAAUUUUAAAAAUACUUACCUACUUCCCUUCAAAAAAAAACAAAAAGAUUCGCAAAACACUGAAGAGUCACAAGAAUUAUGCUUUAAAAAAUUAUCUCAAAAAAAAUAUAGUAGAAUUAAGUCAGCUAUUAUAUGGAUUUGUUUUAUUAAUUCAGCAUUACUUAUUUUUUAUGAUUGUAUGGAAAUGCACCAUAAUACCAAUUACACAUUAUCUGCCGAUCCCUCAUUUAUAAAUGCUCUUAUUAAUUUAGAAUUUUUAAGCUUUCUUACAGAUCUUAUUUACUUUAUAUUAGCAACUUGGUUACUCGUAUCUUAUUUUUUUAAAUCUGAAACAAGAAAAAAGAAACUUGAGGAAAUAGAAAAAAAACAUCCUAAGCACUUUACGAUGAAAAGAGUUUUCUUCUUUGUCAUAUUCCUUUCUAUAGUAGAAUAUUUCUUCGAAUAUGAUAUAUAUUGUACUCCUAAAAGUGUUGAUACAAUUUUCUUCUUCAUUCUUUCCACCGUUUUAACUCGUUCAAUUUCAUCAUUCUUUUCUCGUGGUAACGAUAUCAGAGUUGAGGACAUUAUGAAAUUUGGAUUUAGAAAACAAGAUAAAUGCAAACAAUGUGAUCAUGAAUUGAGAUAUGUUUUUCUACGAAUUACUGAUAAAGAACAAGCAACCAGAUUAUUAGGUAAGCAAAGGCUUUAUUUGAAAGUUAUUAAUAACAAUAGUAAUAAAGAGCUAUUUAUUAAACUCAUUCGAUAUAUUUAUGGGGCAUGCGAACAAUUUACUGGUUCUGGUCAAAAUAGUUAUAACAAUAAUGAGCAACUUAUUAAAUUCACUCGAAAUAUUUAUAAGGAAUUUAUUGAUCCCCAUCAAGAUAAUGCUAAAAAGAUUGAAAAGAUUUAUGGGAUUUCAAAAGGUGAACAAAUAAGGCCGGUAUAUGAAAGACUCAUAGCUAAAAAACUUAUGAAGUAUGCGAAAAUUUAUGUAAAUAUUCUUGAAACGGGAUUAUUUCAAUAUCUCAUUUAUUCCCAUCGAUCAUACAAGGUGAAAAAUAAGAAAGACACCGACGAGGAAAAUAAGGAUGACAACGACGAGGAAAAUAAGAAUGACAACGACGAGAAAAAUGAUAAUGACAACGACGAUGAAAAUGAUAUUGACAACGACGAGGAAAAUGAUAGUGACAAAGAACAGGUUAAUUGGUUUAUAAUUCCUGCAACUUCAGAAAUCGAAGACA